AACAUAAGUACGUGCGACAUCCACGCUCGUCUUCCGCCAUAACUUCUUUUUCUAUAGGCGCGACGGAGUAAUUAGGAAAAAAACCAAGAAAUCGAAACUCAACCUCCACCAGAUCAGAUCAGACCGAGUAGAGGAAGAACCAUGUCUGGCUCAGCAGCAAUGACGAGAGAUGCGUCCACUUGGGCUCACGCCCUGGUUAAGAUCUCUCCCUACACUUUCUCCGCUAUCGGCAUCGCCGUCGCCAUUGGCGUCUCUGUCCUGGGCGCCGCCUGGGGUAUUUAUAUUACCGGAAGCAGCUUGAUCGGUGCUGCAGUCAAAGCUCCUCGUAUUACUUCCAAGAAUCUAAUUAGUGUUAUCUUUUGUGAAGCUGUUGCUAUUUAUGGGGUUAUCGUGGCAAUUAUUCUACAAACAAAAUUAGAGAGCGUUCCAUCAUCACAGAUUUAUGCACCCGAGUCUCUUAGAGCAGGAUAUGCAAUCUUCGCAUCUGGGAUUAUUGUGGGCUUUGCAAACCUCGUCUGCGGGUUAAUGGUUUGUGUGGGAAUCAUUGGGAGCAGUUGCGCACUGUCUGAUGCUCAAAACUCCUCUCUUUUUGUGAAGAUUCUUGUGAUUGAAAUCUUUGGUAGUGCACUUGGGUUGUUUGGGGUGAUUGUGGGAAUUAUUAUGUCAGCUCAAGCAUCAUGGCCUGCAAAAACAGUGUAAAAUGCCGUUCUCGUCGGAACAUGAUGACCUCAGUUAAGCAAUGCAAUCUUAUCUAUGGCUGUUUCUUGUUUAUUUCUCGCGAAGAGGGUUUCAAUCUGUAUAGGCAUGAAAACAGAUUGCCAGAAUUUUGUGCGACCUUGUAUUAUUGUAUGUCUUUGUGCUAGUGGACUAAAAAAUGCAGCAACGAUACACUAAUUUACCUGAUUGUA